AUGGCAAUACCGACUUCGAAAAAGGCCCUGCCCGCUCUGAUCAGAACGCCCAACGCCCGAGAGCGCGCCGCUGUCCUGAUCGGUCCCAUCUCCCUGGACCGCAGCAAGCGCUCCGGCUUCGGCGCCUCGCCGGCGCCAUCCUCCUCGCUGUUCAGCCGCUGCAAUUCCUCCCCGACCUGGGCCCUCGCCGCCUGCGCUUUGCGCUUCGCCCAUAGCCGAUUCUCGAGAAAGGGCUUCACUGCGAGGAGGGAUCGUAGCGUCAGGGCGAUGAAGGCGAGAGGAUGCAGUUGCCGACAGAGACGACUGAUGCCAGGGCUCGAUACGGAGGUGCUUCGUCGAGAGAAGCUUCGUCGGGAGAAGAGCAAGGGCGUCCCGGUUUCAAGGAAUGCCGAUCGAGCUAUUCGGUCUCUUGAUGCCGUGGCCUCGCAUCUACGUCUACUGAAAGGGAAGAAGGCUCAGACAAGACGCGUGUCGUCGUCGGGGCACGAAGUCUAUCACCCCAGCAGUGCUUUUACGAGCAGGAGCUGGCAGUGCGGCUCCUGUUCGUGUUAUACUUUCCCCAUGCCUGAUGAGCGGGUUGUCUGCUGCUGGCCAGGGCCCCGCUUGGCUUCCCGUAGCGAGAGGGUCCCCAAUGCGGCUAUGCUUAGAGAGCCGAAGGACGAAGAAUUCAUUGGCGGGAUCGCCAGCUUCUGGGGCGAAGCAUGA